AUGUCGAGCCCUCUCCUACGCACUCUGCGUACAUCGCGACCCAUUCUCUCCUCACCUGCAUCCCGUGUAUCCACCAAACGCUUCGUAUCAACCAGUACCGAAACAUCCCCAGUUCUUACCCGAUCGAAGAAUCUCCUCGUAGGAACCUCGAUAGCUCUCGGUCUCGGCUUUGGAUACCUAUAUAUUACCGACACCCGAGCCAGCGUUCACCAAUGGCUUGUGGUUCCCGCAUUGCGCGCCAUAUAUCCCGAUGCCGAAGAGGCUCAUCAUGUCGGAACCAAAGCUCUCAAAACGCUCUACUCAUUCGGACUCCAUCCUCGCGAUCGAAGCUUCAGAAACGGUAAUACGGAUAAGACAGAUUUGAGCGUGGAGGUCUGGGGACAGAAAUUACAAAAUCCAAUUGGGACAUCUGCGGGGCUUGACAAAUUGGCAGAGGUGCCAGAUGCUUUGUUUGCUAUGGGCCCUGCGAUUGUCGAGGUUGGCGGAUGCACACCACUUGCUCAGGAUGGAAACCCAAAACCUAGAGUUUUCCGUAUACCGAGUCAGAAAGCUUUGAUCAACCGCUAUGGACUUAAUUCAAAGGGCGCAGAUGAUAUGGCUAUGCGAUUGAGGGAACGGGUUCGUUUAUAUGCAUAUCAAAAUGGAUUGGGUGUAGGUGAAGAUGCUGAGAAGAUGGUUUUGAAUGGAGAAGCUGGUGUUCCUCCAGGAAGUUUGUUGGACGGGAAAUUAUUGGCGGUACAAGUUGCCAAGAAUAAGAAUACUAAUGGUGAUGACAUUGAGGCCGUCAAAAGAGACUACGUUCACUGUGUUGAGAGAUUGGCUCGAUAUGCCGAUAUUUUGGUAGUCAAUGUUAGCAGCCCAAACACCCCUGGUUUGAGGACAUUACAGAAAGUUGAACCAUUAUCCCGAAUCUUAGAAGGAGUAGUCGGGGCCGCCAAAUCCGUAGAUCGAAAAACAAAGCCUAGAGUCAUGGUCAAGGUAUCACCCGAUGAAGAUCAAGACGAGCAAAUCGAGGGCAUCGUUGAAGCCGUAUGGAGAAGUGGUGUUGACGGUAUAAUUGUGGGUAAUACCACAAAUCGAAGAGACAAGCUCAUCCCAGACGACAUCAGAAUUUCCGCCAGAGAAAUCAGGGUUCUUGAGGAACAAGGAGGAUUUUCUGGACCACCAAUGUUCGAGAGAACAUUAUCUUUAGUCAAGAGAUAUAGAGCUCUACUCGACCGAGGACCACCACAACAAGAUACCACUAAUGGAUCAAACGAGGAUGGUCUUGUCUCCACUAUCGCCGAAAAGGCAAAAUCACUCACGGGCAACAAAGCAAAUGAUCAGAAAGUAAUUUUCGCUACUGGUGGCAUUACGAAUGGAAAACAAGCACUAGAAGUUUUGAAUGCAGGUGCGAAUGUCGCCCAAGUCUACACAGCAUUGGUCUAUGGAGGUGUCGGCACAAUAACUCGUAUAAAAACUGAGAUGAGCAACGAGAUUUCAAAAAAGUAA